AUGUUUGAGAAAUUCUCGCUUCCGAUUUGGGUCCGCGUUUCUGGGGAUACUUCUGCCGCCGUCGAUUUUACCUUGCGUCAUUAUAUCCCGUCUCCGGCAGCUAUCACCCGUGCGACCGAGGCAGUCCAAUGCAAGCAGACGCCUGACACUUGGGGUCAACCGGACGAUAGUGCGUGGGGUCAGCCGGAUGAUAGUGCGUGGGGUCGAUCAGAGGACAACACUCAGAGUGUCCUUAACUGGGACGAUAGCGUCCUUGGAUGGGGUCAGAACAGUGGGGCACAGCCCGUGUCUGAUGUUCCCGAGGCACAUGCGGACUCUCUGUUCCCAGUCUCCCAACCCCACUCUAGACAGAAGCAAGGAGAAGACUUCAAGGCAUUCUUUGCGCGGCGCCGUCAGGAGAACCAGAGGAAAGAGGAGAUGGAAACACCAGCUCAAUGGCAGUCGCGUCAGAGUCGUGAGCGGGCAGCCAUGAACCACAGCAUCCCCGGCAAAUCCAGCACAGUUGUGGUGUUUGAAUGGCAACCUAAUGACGACUUUGGCGGUUUUCGUCAACGCAUCCGUCUCACAAAGGCUGAGAUACCAAUGACUUGGAUGUCAUAUAGCAAAUCUACCAGGGUAUAUGACUCAUUCCAUAACGAGUGGGAUUUGUGCGAUGCAUUGGAUCUUACCAGCAUCCCCGAUGGCGAUUGGGAGGAAGAUGAUUUCCCGCCUGCGCCUGCGCCUGCUCCUUCUGAACCCACCCCUGCUCCCCCUGCCCCUCCACCACCCUUGUCCAGUUUCUUGAAAGACAUCGAAGCCUACUUCGGUCAUUAUGAGGUUGCACCCUCAACGCAAUACACUCGUAGUGUUGAGCGAUUUGUCUCAAUUUUGCAUUUUCAUCUCGGAUUUCACCUUGCAGCAUCCACCACUACACCCCGAGGCAGAUCGACUACAUUCGAUGAUUGGGCUCGCAAGACACAGUGGACUCACUUAUGCAGACUUGUCGGCGACAACCCCACGGAUAUCAUGUCAAUUCCAGACACACAGAAGGAUGUCAUCACAUGUUUUAUAGGUUACCUCGUCACCCUCCCUCAAACUCAGUUGUCAGACAUCCCGCCCGAUCUCUGGGAUCUAGGACCUGACUCGUCCCUGUCAGUCUCGAACGCACACAUUCGAGUUUCCUUUGUGCAACAACCCAAUCAGCGGCUCUACAUCAUCGAGUCACUGUCGUCAAAUCUGGUGCCCUGGAAACUGGCGGUUCCCGACGCUAUUACGGCUGUGAUGUGCCUCCGGCGUGACUGGGGCUCGGAUAUCACCAAGAUCGCGUGUAACCUCAUGGAAAAAGGAAUCGCUAUAAAGACGUUGCAGCCAAUCUCAGUUCCACCUCACGCUCGACGCCCACUUACGGAACUCCACACAUACUCGCUCGGACACGUCUUCCCCCCCGAGGAUCGCAGGCUCGCCCAUUUGAGGCCAGUUUUUGCUGACUACAUCGUGUAUGAGCAGCACCGUCACGAGUUCCUGAACCAGCCUCGCGCAAGAGCGGCACUUCUUCAUGGUGGCCUCAUAUGGCGGCUGGCUUUACAUAGUCUUGGGUUUGAUGUUCUCCCCUCCGUUCUCGAUGGCAUUUCACGGGAAGCGGUACCGUUUGGCCUCAUGCUGGACAUUAAUGGCCAGACUUAUUUCGAUGAUGAGCUGUCAGAAGAGGAGAUAGAUUUCAUGUGCGGGACGUAUUAUCUGCAUACCAGUGAGUUUCUCUCAUUUACAUCGACGACAGAGGCGCUUAUGUUUGAAUAA